AACACAAUGGCGAAGAAACACCCGCGCCAUACGGCGCCAUCCUUGAGACAGACCCGCAAGAGCACAAGGCAGAACAGGGGUGCAGCACUGGUUUCCGAUCCGAUUCAGAACACGCAGCUCUUGAACGAUCAGCUGCGCGCGCUUGGCUUGUACCCCGCGCCCACGCUCGGGGACGGCAAUUGUCUCUUCCGCGCACUCGCCGACCAAUAUUAUGGAUCGCCCUCGCAGCAUCUUAAGCUUCGACAGGAGAUCUGUGACUGGAUGGAGGCACACAAGUCUCGCUAUGCGCCCUUCGUUGAUGACGAGCGUGGGUUGGACGUGCACCUCAGGUGUAUGCGACAGCCAGGUACUUAUGGUGGACAUUUGGAGCUCACUGCCUUUGCCCACCUGAAGCGCCGGGACGUCAAGGUCAUCCAGCCUGGACUUGUCUACGUUAUCGAGUGGACGUCAGGGGCUGACCUAUCUCCCACGAUUGCGACGUCUCCGCUUAGUGAGCAGCCUCCGUCACCACCGGCAGCACUAAGUGAACGUGACGCAAGGCGGGCACGACGUGAGAAAAAGCGAGAAAGGAUGGCCAGGGCUAAACAUGCGGCACGAAUCGUGCAAGAUGAUGUUGACAGUGACGAGGAGAACGAUUCCUCGUCAUUAGGACCAGUCUACGUGGCUUAUCAUGACUGGGAGCACUUUUCAUCCGUUCGAAACUUGACAGGACCUCACACUGGUAUUCCUUAUGCUGUGGAGAAGCCCGUUACAACAGCACAAGCGUCUCUGGCGAAUAGACCGGAGAUCACUGCACUCUCUCCCCAAUCCUCGUCAAGUUCGAUAGAGAGUUCCCCGGUUGAAGAUGAUGAGGACGAAGAUGAUGAAGAUGAAGUUGCCGAAGAGUUGGGCGAAUCCCAAGAUCCACCUGAAACGAUCCCACUUCCUGUUUCUCGUUCUCCAUCGCCAUCUCCAUCAUCCGAAGCAUCAACAUCAGGUUCCGCGCUAUCUGUCCCUCCUGUUCCAGGAUAUAACUGCCCGCCUGAGUCAAUGCAGAACUUUGCAUCAAUUCUCCGCAGUAAUCGUUCGCCCAAGCGUGCCUACGAUGGAGUGGAUGAAGCGGCAGAAGAUUCACAGGGAGAGGCGAAGCGGUCGCGACGAAAUUCACCGCAUCGACCGGCCCGGAACUUAGGAUUGAAGUCGAAGAUGGAUACAGAGAUUGAUCCUGACGCCGAUACACCUGAACUCCUUUCAUCAGGAGAGUCGAGUUCCGGCUCGUCCUCACCAGCUGCUACGCCUCCGCCGUCCAUGGUAGUCGUUCCUCCGUCUCCUGUGACUCCUACGAAGCCUUUAACAAAGCGAGAACGGAAGAGAUUGGGACUACCGAAAGCACGUUCGGCCCGUGGGUCUUCUGCUUCAGCAGCAAACCGAGCAAAAGCGAGCGCUGGAAAGAUUAUCGUACCAGGUGGAAAGUUCAGGAAAUCUACGUCAGGCACUAGUACGCCUAAGCCCGACUCGACUGCUUCUGAAGAGUGGGAAAAGAACGGAAGCGGGCGUGUCGACGUACGUGGGUUCAAGGAACUCAAGAUUUAGCAUUUACGCGACCCGUAACUCUGGAAUCUCUCGGCUACCCGAUACACGGCGGUAACAUCUCAUCGCUUCAUUGUCCUUUGAUUUUUUUUUGCUCCUUACCGCACGUUUUGGACUCUGCACGCAUACUGGACCCGCAACAGCAUCUAUAUCUCAUUCUUCAUAUCACAUCAAGCAUUGUCGCAGCAACCUACGGCUUCAUUCAAAUCAUUUCUCUUCGUAACGAUCCCCUUUAUCUGAUCGCAUCAAGCAGCUUGCUUUUUUAUAUUCACGGCAUCCUGUCUCGUUAACGAAUUGCACAUUCAAUGUUCGCGCAGUGCCAUGCACAGACGUAUUUAUCGCACUCUGGCCAUUAUUGAUCCGUAAGGACACGGUUGAAGAUUUUGCGUGACUGAUUCAUUAUUGCGCAGACUUUCCGUCCUUAGAAUAUGUAUACUUUGGCGAGUCUUUCUUUCAUGUCAGCGAUACCUCCAUGAACCACGUUCCAUCCGCUUACGAUACCGUACUCUCUUCACGCUUCAAC